CCCACACUGCAGAGGAAGCACACUUGGGGGAGGCAAUUUGGCCCAUGCAGGAUGCAGCAGAAGUGAGAGUGCCCUGGAGGACAGGAAUUGAGUCCUACCCAGGGAAAGUUCAUGAGCUGCAGUGAAGGCCGACUGGAGCCCAUCAUCCUCCACGAUAGCACAGCUCCGAGCCGGGUCACACACGGUGCCCACAUCAGCCAUACCCAGUGUGUCGCAAGUGGAGACUCCACACAGGUCCUGUGGAGAGGGAUCAUAGAAGAAAAGCCAGCCAGGAGCUGUGGGAGGAACCGCCCUCAGUAAAGAUGAUGGCUGUCACCGUUAUCUAAACGCAAGUGAAGCCGAGUCACAGGACCCGGAUGUUUUCAGGUCGACGGUAAACGACCCUGCCAGCUUCCAAAAGGGCGGCUUCACUGUGCGAAUAGGUGAGAAGCCAACAAGGAGGCGCGCUGGAGUCACUUCCGCCCGGUUCACCUUCCCGCAGUCUGCAGCCGGAGUAAGAUGGCGGCGCUGAGGGCUCUGUGCGGCCUCCGGGGCGUCGCGGCCCAGGUCCUGCGGCCUGGGGCUGGAGUCCGACUGCCGAUUCAGCCCAGCAGAGGUGUUCGGCAGUGGCAGCCAGAUGUGGAAUGGGCACAGCAGUUUGGGGGAGCUGUUAUGUACCCAAGCAAAGAAACAGCCCACUGGAAGCCUCCACCUUGGAAUGAGACAGGGUCUUGCUGUGUUGACCAGGCUGGUUUCAAACUCCUGGCCUCAGAUGUGGACCCUCCAAAAGACACAAUGGUGAAGAACAUGACCCUGAACUUUGGGCCCCAACACCCAGCAGCGCAUGGUGUCCUGCGACUAGUGAUGGAAUUGAGUGGGGAGAUGGUGCGGAAGUGUGAUCCUCACAUUGGGCUCCUGCACCGAGGCACUGAGAAGCUCAUUGAAUACAAGACCUAUCUUCAGGCCCUUCCAUACUUUGACCGGCUAGACUACGUGUCCAUGAUGUGUAAUGAACAGGCCUAUUCUCUAGCUGUGGAGAAGUUGCUAAACAUCCGGCCUCCUCCCCGGGCACAGUGGAUCCGAGUGCUGUUUGGAGAAAUCACACGGCUGUUGAACCACAUCAUGGCUGUGACCACACAUGCCCUGGAUCUUGGGGCCAUGACCCCUCUCUUCUGGCUGUUUGAAGAAAGGGAGAAGAUGUUUGAGUUCUACGAGCGAGUGUCUGGAGCCCGCAUGCAUGCUGCUUAUAUCCGGCCAGGAGGAGUGCACCAGGACCUUCCCCUUGGGCUUAUGGAUGACAUUUAUGAGUUUUCUAAGAACUUCUCUCUUCGGCUUGAUGAGUUGGAGGAGAUGCUGACCAACAAUAGGAUCUGGCGAAAUCGGACAAUUGACAUUGGGGUUGUAACAGCAGAAGAAGCACUUAACUAUGGUUUUAGUGGAGUGAUGCUUCGGGGCUCAGGCAUCCAGUGGGACCUGCGGAAGACCCAGCCCUAUGAUGUUUACGACCAGGUUGACUUUGAUGUUCCUAUUGGUUCUCGAGGGGACUGCUAUGAUAGGUACCUGUGCCGGGUGGAGGAGAUGCGCCAGUCCCUGAGAAUUAUCACACAGUGUCUAAACAAGAUGCCUCCUGGGGAGAUCAAGGUUGAUGAUGCCAAAGUGUCUCCACCUAAGCGAGCAGAGAUGAAGACUUCCAUGGAGUCACUGAUUCAUCACUUUAAGUUGUAUACUGAGGGCUACCAAGUUCCUCCAGGAGCUACAUAUACUGCCAUUGAGGCUCCCAAGGGAGAGUUUGGGGUAUACCUGGUAUCUGAUGGCAGCAGCCGCCCUUAUCGAUGCAAGAUCAAGGCUCCUGGUUUUGCCCAUCUGGCUGGUUUGGACAAGAUGUCUAAGGGACACAUGUUGGCAGAUGUCGUUGCCAUCAUAGGUACCCAAGAUAUUGUAUUUGGAGAAGUAGAUCGGUGAGCAGGGGAGCAGCGUUUGAUCCCCCCUGCGUAUCAGCUUCUUCUGUGGAGCCUGUCCCUCACUGGAAAUUGGCCUGUGUGUGUGUGUGUGUGUGUGUGUGUGUAUAUGUGUGUGUACAUGUUCAUGUACACUUGGCUGUCAGGCUUUCUGUGCAUGUACUAAAAAAGGAGAAAUUAUAAUAAAUUAGCCGUCUUGCGGCCCCUAGGCCUAAA